AUGAAAAAUGAUGGUAGAAUGAGAGUUGAUAUCUAUCUAUCUAUCUAUCUAACUAUCUAUAUCUAUCUAUCUUUACCUUCAUCAGCAUUGAUUGUUAGAGGAGGAAGGGGAUCUGCAGAAUGGACAAUACUGAUGAUAAUGUUUAGAAAUACGAUCAGUAACAAUGCAAUCAGUCUAUUAUAUAGAGACAUCAUGAUGAAUCAUAUUUAUCUUUUGAAUGUUAAAUCAUUUUAA